ACGAUAUAUAAAAAUAAUUUACCGCUAGUGUGUUAAUAUUAAAUAUAGUUGCAUUUUGUAUAUUUUAUUAAAAUCAGUCAUAUGAAGGAAAAGUGUUGGCGUUUUGUGUUUACCUUUAAGUCAUGAAGCCAGUCGACGUCGCUUACCGGCUAUUGCCCGGUAUUAAGUGGUUACAUGGCUAUACGGCGCAAGAUGCUGUGGCGGAUCUAAUUGCUGGCAUCACCGUGGGUUUGACAGUAUUGCCACAGGGUUUAGCGUAUGCCACUUUGGCGGGCUUGGAACCGCAGUAUGGACUCUACUCCGCAUUCGUGGGUGGUAUUGUGUAUGCCUUUUUGGGUAGUUGUCGUCAGGUUACCAUUGGUCCCACAGCACUCUUAGCGUUGAUGACUAGUCGUCAUACGAGUUUUGGUCUGAACUCUGGUCCAGCUUAUGCAAUAUUACUAUGCUUAAUCUCCGGUUUUGUGGAGCUUCUUAUGGCUGUGCUGCGUUUGGGCGCACUAGUCGAUCUCAUUUCACUGCCAGUGACUGUGGGUUUCACCUCAGCAACAGCGGUCAUUAUUGGCACCUCGCAGCUGAAGGGUCUUCUAGGCAUUCGAGGCGGCGGCGGAGGUUCGGGUUUUAUGAAAACAAUGGAAUCUGUUUUUACGAAUUUAGAUAAAAUACGCUAUGGCGAUUUCACAUUGGGCAUUACUGCCAUUACCAUAUUGCUUUUACUGCGGAAACUAAAAGAUGUCAAAAUCCCUGGGCGUCGCAUACUCAGCGGUACACUCUGGGUCGUCGCAACCGGAAGAAAUGCGCUAAUUGUGCUCAUCACUAGCGUCUUGGCUUAUAAUACAUGUGAGACACAAGAGUCGUGUCCUUUCGUAUUGACGGGUAAAGUGAAAAGCGGGUUUCCAGAUGUUGAAGUGCCAAAAUUCCAUACAACAAUACAAGCAGCAAAUGGCACUGCCAUUGACCAGGAUUAUUUGGAUAUGUUUAAAGAACUCGGACCCUCAAUGAUUAUAUUGCCUAUAAUAGCGGUGCUCGGCAAUGUUGCCAUAUCGAAGGCUUUCAGCAGCGCAGGCAUAAGUCCAACGCGUGAAUUGGUUGCGCUCUCGCUCUGCAAUGUUGUUGGUUCGUUUUUCUCUUCAAUGCCCGUUACGGGUUCCUUUUCACGUAGCGCAGUAAAUCAUGCCAGCGGCGUGCGCACACCCAUUGGUGGCUUCUACACAAGUGCGUUGGUGUUGUUGGCGCUUGGUUUGCUAGCGCCAUACUUUCAGUACAUACCAAAGGCUGCGCUGAGUGCGGUCAUUAUAUCGGCCGUGAUUUUCAUGAUUGAAUUUGAGGUCAUCAAACCAUUGUGGCGUUGUAGUCGCCGUGAAUUACUGCCCGGCGCCAUAACGUUUGUCAUAAGUCUGGCAAUCGGCGUGGAGCUCGGUUUAUUGUUGGGUGUUGGCGUGGAUGUUGCAUAUUUGGUUUAUCGUGCGGCCAGACCGGCGCUUACUGUCUCGAAAUUGAGGACCACCAAUGGCACUGACUACAUACUCAUGCGUCCCAUACACAGUUCACUCUACUUCCCGGCCAUUGAAUGGGUACGCACCGGUAUUUCAAAGGCGGUCGCUAUGCAUGGUACUGCGCCGGUGGUCUUGGACUGCUCUAAUAUGCAUGAACUCGAUUUCACCGCCGCACGUGGCAUGGGUGCUUUAAAUAAAGAGCUGGCAAGCAGUUUUGUGCCAUUCUUCCUGUUGAAAGCAUCGAAAGAGAUCUGUGUCAUCUUGAAAGAAUCGACAAAUAGUGAUUUUCAUACCAUAGAAACGCCAGAUGAUUUGGAAUAUAUACUAGAUAACAAUUUUGUGUAUUCCCGAUUUUUGUGAUUGAAUCAAGAGGCUUUUUGCUUUAAUCCAUACGAAUUUAUUCAAAACUACGCUGCCAAAUAAAUAUUCACUUUUUUACAAUAACUAUAAUACUAACUAUAGGUAUUUUAGUGAAGUGGGUACGAUUUUAGUAAUAUUUUGUACAUUUAAAAUUAUUAGCAAAUUUUAUAAUAUUGGUUUUAUAAUAUAAGCACACGGAAAUCUUCCCAGUGAGACCUUUUUAUCUGCAGGAGUUAUAGCAAGAAAUGCCUAUAAAAUUUACCAUUUUUAAUACAUUGGAGAAAAUUAAAAAAAUAAUAAUAAUAACAUUUAAACAAAUGCCAAACAAUCAUGUACAAGUGGUGUCAAACAAUUGUGCCGUAAGUUCUCUCUCUGGACGAACAAAUACUAAACUCUCACAAGUCGCAAAUCAUACCCGUCUUCUGCUAAAGGGCGUAAAGGCAUGGACGACGACAUCUGAUGAGUCGACUUUGAGAGUUAUCACGAAGAAGGUUUUUUAAAGGAUUUAUGGCCUUCUAUACUUUAACAAUAGCGAAUGUCACAGCCGAAGGAACGAUGAGGUUUAAGAAUAUGCAAUGAAAUUAAUGAAGAGACAGCGGUCAAGACAGAGUAGUCUUGAAAGUUUUCGAUGCAGUUCCCGCAAGUGGAAGCAGAGGUAAAGGAACACAUGCACUCCGUUUGAAGAAGGUGGAGACCGACACGAGAAGAAGGAGACAAAUUAAUUUCCCACAACUUUGAUAGCCGCUACGCUAAAGCAAAAA